UGAUCCACUCGACGCUGUCUCUCGCUCUGGUCUUAGCUCUUCAGCAAUCCAUUUUUGGUUCUUCGCAGGUGAAAUGCUGUAUUCUACGUAAGAUUGAAGAGAUUCUCGCCCCAUUGUGCACUCACUGAAUGCAACUCAGCAUCGUUUAGGUUCCUGGAAGAGAAUGGCCACUCUUGCAACAAAUAUGUGCUCCUUUCUAAGUACCCAUACAAUUAAAGGAGUCGAAAGAUUGGAGAGUAAGGAUAAACUGCAAUCCAGGUCUUAUACUGCAGUACCCUCCCCCAAAGCUUCAUCAAGUCGCAGGCAUGCUUUAGUAAGUACUGGCACUUCAUUGGUUACCGUCACAUUAUUAUCACCAUUUCUGGCAUGGGCUGAAGAGAAGGAAACUGCACAAAAAGAAGAGGAUAAAGGAUUUAUAGAUGCCGUCAAAUCAUUAUUUGAUCCUAAUGAGAAAACUAAGUCUGGGAAGGUGUUGCCAAAGGCUUACUUAAAGUCAGCAAGGGAGGUAGUGAAAACACUGCGUGAUUCUCUAAAUGAAGAUCCUAAUGAUAUUACCAAAUUCAGAAGGACCGCCGAUGCAGCGAAGGAAUCAAUUCGGGAGUAUUUGAGCAAUUGGAAGGGGCAAAAAGCUGUUGUUGAAGAAGAAUCAUACGUUGAGCUGGAGAGAGCGAUCAGAUCGUUGGCAAGCUUUUACUCAAGGGCAGGGCCAUCAGCCCCAUUACCAGAAGAAGUUAAGUCUGAAAUCUUGUUGGAUUUAAGUACUGCUGAGGAAUUUUUGUAGAGCAUCUUCCGCCUGUUUUUGUAGAAACCACUUAUUAACACCAUGUGGAUACUGGAUUGACAGGUUCCUAUAAUGAAUUUGUUCCCCGUCACAAUUCAA